UAUAUUCACACGUAAAAAGUUGGAGUAGUAUUUGUUUUCUUAGUUGUAGCACAAUAUACUUGUAUGGAAGAAUCCAUACGGAAAUAUAUUGCGACACAACUUUAAAUAUGACCCAAGUGAUCUAUUAACUUGAUGUGUAUUUAUUGGUAGAAUGAAUAAUCCAUAUUAGUUACCUUGUUAAGAGGUCACCAUGUUUUAUUGCUCUACUUUCCAAUCUACAAACAGUCCAUGCUGGGCGUCAACUUUUGCUGCUAAUUAAUUGUCUUUAAAAGUAUGUGCGACCUAGAUGUUUGCAUAUCACUUUACGUAUGCUUUAUAACUCGAAUCCCACUAUUUCACCAUUGUAUUCUAAGUACUGUUAAACAUAUUUUCUUUGGUUUAUGUUUUAUCCAUCCAAUGCUCACAGUUGCCUUCACGAAGAGAGAGCAGAGCUGAAAAGCUCGAUCAGAGAAAAGGGGAACUACACCCACACAAUCAGAACCCUUCUUUUUUUUUUUUUUUUUCAGGACUCCCAAUAUGUCUGAAUCAACUACAUGUCCCGCAGCACGGACAUUUAGUUGUUUCACGCUGAUCAAAAUUCGUCGACUAAUGACUUCGAACUGAUCGAUGACAGUCGCUUCACCGGACUCACCUAUUCCGAGUCAGAAAACGAGUCAACAGCUAUGUUUCUUUCGUUUUGUUCGGUCGGUCUCAUGUAAAGCGUGGGUGCGCUGCGGCGAGCACGGGGCUGUAGCGGCAGCAGCAGAAGCGGCGCCGAUAGCGAGGCUUGGAGGCAGCCGAGAGGCCCGAGAGAGGCCCCGGACGCGGACCCCGCCGCAGCAUCCCGGCACUCCUCUCCCUCCAGGAGCCGGAGGGGGUGUUUCCCGCCGCCGCCCAUUGGGUGCGGGGCGCGUGACGAUAUGGCAGACGUCACGGCGGAGAGCCAAUGCGCGCUUUCCGGGGCUCGUUGAGCGCUCCGGAUGACUCCGUGAUUGAUUUUUGGCAAGAUCGCGCCCGCCGGGUCCGCGAGAGCGGCGGCUAUUGGACCAAUCCGAUUACCCAGUUGUGGCAAUUAUGAGCGGGUCCCGGCGAGACCAGCCGCGUGCUUGUUGCGGGCAAUAAUAGCCCGGCCCCGAGCGGCCCGGCCAGGGACGCCGCUCAGUGACGCGCCCGAGGCGCCAGCGCGGAGCCGUGACGGCCGCUCGACAUGGACCUAACCACGGCCUACCGGUACAACGCCACCAUGAUGGAAUACUAUUCAUGUCAUGGUGGCGUGAAUCAGCUGGGCGGCGUAUUUGUGAACGGCCGUCCAUUACCGGAUGUAGUGCGGCAGCGCAUCGUGGAGCUGGCGCACCAGGGUGUCCGGCCCUGCGACAUCAGCCGCCAGCUGAGGGUCUCCCACGGAUGCGUCUCCAAGAUACUCGGAAGGUACUACGAGACAGGCUCGAUCCGACCGGGCGUGAUCGGCGGCAGCAAGCCGAAGGUGGCCACGCCCAAGGUGGUGGACGCCAUCGCGAACUACAAGAAGCAGAACCCCACCAUGUUCGCCUGGGAGAUCCGCGACCGGCUGCUGGCCGACGGCGUCUGCGACCAAGACAACAUACCCAGCGUUAGCUCCAUCAACAGGAUCGUGCGCAACAAGGCAGCCGAGAAGGCCAAGCACCACCACGUGUCGUCCAACGGCGGCAGCCCGCAGCCCCAGUCGUCGCCCACGUCGGUGAUCACGCACGCGCCGUCAUCGGCGCACGAGUCGAGCGUCUCUGCGGCGGCAGCCGCGGCUGCCCUGCAGAGGCCAUCCUACUCCAUCAACGGCAUCCUGGGCAUUCCCAGCGCCGAGGCGGCCAAGCGCAAGCGCGACGACCAGGUCUCACAAGUGCACGGCGACUCGGCGCGAGACAUGAACGGUGACCACGGAAUCCACGAAGAUGAAGUUAAACGUUCCAGGGCGCAGUACAACGGCGAGCAGAUCUACUCCAACCUAAGUCCCAACAUGUGGGCCAAGUGGACAAAGCAGGACGAACUGAAGGCCAGCAUGGCGGACCUGCCAACGAGCAACGGGUCGCCCUAUCACCACCUGACGUCUCAGGCGUCCCAGCCCGCACCCCCAUCGCAAGGCGCCGCCUUCGAGCAGGCUUUCAGCCCCGUGGUGUCGUCAGCGGAGAAGCAGACGGCCGAAUACGACGUCGCGAUGACCACCAUCAACUCGCAGUCCACCGCCGUCUACUCGCCACCCCUCGGCAGCAAUUCGCUCACGCCUCUGACGCCCAUCAGCAUGCAAGAAGUCAAGUCCCUUGUCAACAGCGGAGCGUCGCUCAUUGAAACUAGUCCAAACCCACACUCCUACCAUCCAGUGACGGGCAGCGCAGUUGCCAGUUCUGCGGUGGCGGGCAUCCCCGGCGCCGAUUACGCCUACGCGUCGCCCUACACGCAGUACUCUUCGGCGGCAGCAUACGGCGCCUACGGCUACGGCUCCAGCGGAAUCAUCAACCCGUCCUACUACUACGCCCAUAGCGCCAGGACCGGGUCGGCCGGCACGGGCCUGAGCAGUGCGGGUCCGCUCAGCCCCAACGCGUACAAGGGCGAGCGCUGCUGACACCUGCGGGACGCCUAAGGCCCGCCGACCGCGUCCACGGGACAGCAACGCCCCCCAUGCUCUGCCGCCGCAGGCCUCCGCCAUUGCUCCGCUCACUCGUGCAGCACUGCGGAGUGCAGCAGAGCGCAACAACGGACCUGAGGCCCGAAGGCUGAGGCGGCAGAGGCAGCGGUGACGGCGGCGACCAUCUUGCGCAGGCUCCGGACUUGGCCGCCAACUUUUGCGUCGUUCCCCGUGUGGAGAUGAUGGUGCCUGAUCGGGACAGACGGACGAGGAAACCGCGGCGGAGGCAGCCGCCGGCGGACGAGUGUGGCGCGUCGGUGGUGAUCCGUUCCUCGCGAAAACCAAAGAUCUUGUGUCCGCCUUGUGGACUCUUUUGGACUUGUGCGAAGCGCGUGACGCGCAAGAACGAUGACGACGGCGACGACGUUUAACGGGGGCCUCCGGCGCACCACGUCGUGUGUGCGGCACGACAGCGGCGCGCCACAUUGAACGCGCGGGGCGGCUGCGCGAGACGAGACGAUGUACUAUACACAUGUGGCCGCCCAGAGCGUAUACAACUACCAGAAGUCAUUCUGACGCCGCGAAAGCAGCCGCGUGGCUCCCCGCCUGGAUGAGCGCGCCCGCGACCAAUGCCUUUGCGAUGGCGCGAGCGCCGACACGAUAGCCGGUGGUCUCCAUGGAUCGCCGAUUUGUAUCUGCGCAUCAGGUCUCCGUGGAAGCUCCACCUCGUGCUGCUGCUGUUCCGCUGUGGAAUCUCGCUAAAGAUGGUUUAGGGCCCUUUGUAAAAUGACAGCAGCGAAAAAACUAUCACUGCGAGUGAAAAGUAGUUAAGUGAAGCAGGCAGGCGCGAUAAAUCAGUUCUCAAGAAAAGUGAAGGUGGCAGGAAGAAAAAAAAUACUUAUUUGAUUCCCGCGGCAAACGUUUCCUUCUGGCCAUUUGCAUAACGCGCUAAGGCAGUAACUAGUUAAACCCUCAAUAAAGACAGGUUCUGUCACGCGAGAAAGCACUGCGCAGGAGUUGAGCAGUUCUUUCCUUUAAAAAAAAAAAAAUAAAAAAGAAUGACAACACACAGGCAGUUUUACAUAUAACUGAAAUAAAGGAACUGAUUUUGAUAUACUGAGCGAGAAACCUACGCCAGCAGAAAGUGUGAUGCACGUGUGUCAAGUGCGUUAGUACAACGAGGGGAAUCCUGCUGAGUAUCGGCACGUGGGCAUUUUUAAGGUGCGUAACACGCGUUGAGGCGCAAGGAGCCACGCGGCGACCGCUUUUGACGCUCAGAAGUGUCUGUCGCUCCCGCGGCAAGCGCUGGUAUUUAGUGUAAAACGUUCAUCUUCGCCGCCACGUCUCAGAGACAUAAGAAAAAAAAAAACAAACAAACGAAACACAUAUGCUGUGGCGCAAGAAGUGUGACUUGAUCUGGUCGCCAGGAUAUUUCUAUCCAUCCUUACAUCAACUGUGCUUAUUAGUUUACAUCGACAGCCUUUUACCCGUGUACCCUCCAUCCCUCCCUCCCUCCCUUGUUUUUUUUUUGUUUCUCCCUCUGGAGGACUGUCCUCGUGCGUAUUAUUUACGGCAUAGUACUGCGUGUAUUUAUCGGAGGAAACGAAACAACGCAGAAGAGGUAUUACGUCGCCGCUCUACUUUGUAUCAUACAAGGCGUAGUUCCGGACUACGGCGACGCUGCUGAUUCUACAUGGUCUCACGCCACGGUUUGCUCAAAGUUUUACGUUUGUCUACGCACACGUUUACCUGUCUGCGGAGUAAGUUCGCAGUUUCACAGCCACCACACGAAAAGGAGAGAGAGAGAGAGAAAGAAAAAAGAAGAAUGUAUUCGCUGUAACGUUUCAUCACGUGUUCCUGCAAAGAAAAAAAAAAGAGCGAUCCAAUGGCCAAGUGCAUAUUGUUGCUUAUCUGCAUGUUGUUAUACGACUGCGCAAGCGCAGAGCUGGGAUGCGAGCUUCGUAGUUCAGCGGCAGUGGCUUGCACUCCUCAUAGUUCUUACAUUGUUUUAGACGCCGGCUGCUAUACUGCGCGAGAAAACGAAUAAAAUUGUCACGAGACAAUUGGCUUGGAGAUUCGUAAAUUUUAACUGCAUUUCAUUCGCGGCUAGCUCAGGUCAUUACUGUUUUUUUUAACCCUACAGAUGAAAAACGCGUCGGACGUCGUAUAUCAACAGCUCUGAGAAACGACACGUUCAGAGUUUAUUUAGUCCAGUCGAAAAGGUACCAGUAGAUGUUAUGUUUGAAGAAGAUAUCAUUUGGCCGACGUCUGGCGAAAAUAACAUUAAGUCUCUGGUAUAGUGGCUUUUGUCAGAGAGAAAAAAAAGGAAAGAAGGUUGAAAACAUGGAGGUCCUGCUGGAAGGCCAAAAAUAUUCGCAUCCAAUACCUUGCCUUCCUUGGUGAACAUCCGCGAGCCGCCGCUGUACCGCCAAGCUCUCGUCCUCGUCGGUUGCGAAACAUGCAGCUGCUUCACGAAGCCGAACCGCAGGAGUCGACUUGCGCUUCGGCUUCUCGCUGUAGACGACGUAGGUCAGUUCAUUGUAUAGUUCAUAUGGUUCACCCCUUUUAAGUGGCAUGCUUCUCGAAUGUGUAUUAUGUGUUACUAAUUUAUACAAACCCUAUGACGGAACAUCAUAGAAAGAGGGGCGGGAGAAGAGGCGCGAAGGACAGAGAGAGCCGUUCACCUGCGAAAGAGACGAUGUACAUUAUUACUUUCCGCCGUGGUUGUGUCUGCUUGGUGUGCGAGUUUUCUUGUGUGUGCGACUCGUUUCUUGGCUUGCGCUUAUACACACUUUUUAGGGCGUAACGAAUGAUGCCGCGUGUGACAUUGCAGACGGUGACCGCGGAGUUCUUCCGGACAGCCGCGUAUGAUCCCGCUCUACAUGCGAAAUCCCCUGGUCUUUCUCAUGGCAGAUGUUCACUUCAUAUCCCCCCUCCCUCUCAAAAAAGGCAUGUUGUGUGUUGUAAGGUAUUUUGAAGGACAACAUACAAUACGCGUCGUGUUUUUGUUGCUUUCAUGUGGUGUUCUGAUUUCCUCUUUAUUGCCUGUUUUUUCGUGCUUUGUGUUGCCGCGUUUGUAUUCGUACUUUUUUUUGUUUUUGUUCAUCUUAUUGUUUCUGAGAGUUGCACCCUGUGAUGAAGAACGACACCCUGUAUAUAGACAUCACGCCGUAGGCGCUUUUUCUUUUUUCUUCUUCUUUAGUAGCGAUAUAAGUGAGUGACACAAAUGAGGAAUCUUUUUAGAGGAUAUUGUUUACAUUUAGGAGCGGCACGAUGGUUUCAGGUGCUGUGAGAUGAAGGCAUCGCCGCAGCUGCUUUGUGUGCUUUAAAGCUUUGACAGCAGAAAUUAUUCCGAUCGACGCGGACAGAAAGAGUGCUGAUGAGAAGCGUUUCACUCUGGUGUCGCGGCAAACGAAAAUGGUAGCGAAGCGUGGGCGCACGAAUUUCGUGGAGCUACUCGUUACUCUCUGGCAAAUGAACGAUUGUUUCCGCGGACACUCCGAGGCAUGAAAUUACGGCGGCAGCUACAUUAAUGAAGUUGGUUGCGGCGCACCCCAAACUAUUCUUUUUUUUUUUUUCGCUCUCAGUGCAAACUGUAAGCACCUGACAAUAUUGCUUAAAGGUCAGCUACUUAAGAAUCUUAUUGUGUGUUCAGGAGAUGAAGAAUGUAUACCGGUGUUUUGCUGGGAGUUCGCAGGGCGCCGAACUCUUGCGUAUAGCGUCCAUCUAUGUCUAGAAAGGCCACGAACGUUCCUCAACUGCGGUCACAUAUACAUAACGUGCGUGUAGAUUUAAUCUGUUCUCUUCAAAGCUAAUAUAUGUUUUUUUUUAAAAUUUGAUCAAUCUACUCUGCACAACACCUGUUCUUGGCCCAUCAGUAGCGGCUGGCUCAAAGAAGAGCAUGGCACACUGCUUACAAAGGUGGGAGUCAUUUUUUUUUUACGGUACCCCGGCUGAUCGGUAGACGCAAUUAUUUCUGACAGUUCUUUAAGCAUGUCACGUGACAUACUAACUUGAAUGCAUAAAUCUGGAAACUUAAAAUCUUGUUCGUGAAAAGCCAAGCGGAUCAGACGGUUUCCUUUCAUUUCUUGGCUCUUCGCGUGCAUCUGCCACCAUUCCUUGCCUAUAGCGGAACUUCAUGUUGACCGACUAUUGUGUAUUCAAGCAGUGUGCGAUGCCUUCCAAUGUGCUGUACAAGAGAAUGAGGUAUAAAAAAAACAACAGGAAGAAGACAUUUCCGCUUGGCGCUGAACGAACUCGACGCUGAAUGAUGUUCUGUCGGCUAGAGGCUACGCGCAGCUCUGUAUCUUUUCUUUGGUUGUGUACAUGAACAGGUUGCCUGAACAAAAUGUACGUGUGCGGGGCUGAGUGACUAGUGUGCAAGGUUUGAUGACUGCGUGAAAUAAAACUCGAUGAGUAUA